CUUUACAUAGACUCGUGUAUUGGUCCACGCCAUUUGAUAUUACUGCACUGGGCCACUAGGUGAAUGUUCGUCGCAAUUUGAUGUAAACGAACUUUAUACAUUACGUAUCUUUCACUAGGUCAAGUUCGUGAAUGAACUUUUUGGACCAAUGAAAUGUGAUUAAUUUCACUAGUCAGACAGCAGACUUAAAACGUACCCACUGUAAAGGCUUUGCAAAUCAGUUGUACCGCCACAUCGUGUGUUUGUUGUUGCUAGGACUUUAUUUUAUUGUCCAGAUAUCAUCAUGAUCAUGGACAUGAUGGAGCACGGGGCGAGACUCGUCGUGGGUUCGCUGAGCGAUGCUGACGGUCAACUGUCACUAGUCCCGCACGCUACCGUAAUCGUGGUUCUCGUGGGAUCAGCCAUUGCUUUCCAUUGUUUAAAUGUAGCUUUGAAUUUUACUCCGGUGCUGGAGAAACGGGACAGGGAGAUCAGAUUUAGGUGGAGAAACAUUGUGACUUCAUUUAUUCAUGCUGUAAUUUCGGGAUUUUCAGCAUGCUAUUGUUUGUACUCUUCCCCAGAGCUACUGGAAGACAUUAAACAACACGUCACAACAAUCAGCAUAGUCCUUGUGGCAUUAUCUGUAGGUUACUUUGUGUAUGACCUCGCCGACAUCUUAAUCAGUCGACCAAUCAGAACUACUUGGCCUUUAGCCAUCCACCAUGUAGUCAUUUGUUUCUGCUUCGGUAUUAGUCUCCAUCUACGAGCCUACAUUGGUUACGCCGUGGUCGCGCUAGUGGCAGAAACAAACAGCAUAUUUCUCCAUCUCAGACAAAUCUUGCUCAUCAUGGGCGUGCCCAAGAGCGCCCCCAUCUACCGGGUGAACGGCGCGGUCAACAUUGCGACGUAUCUGAUAUUUCGGUUCGGGACGCUGUUUUGGAUGUUCUACUGGCUGCAAUCGCAUCGAACCGAGGUACCUCUUACGCUCUACACCAUAGCUGCCGGGGGAUUGGUCAUCAUGAUUGUCAUCAACCUGGUGCUUUUCAAACGCUUGCUUGUCAGUGACUUUUUAUCACCAGGGGAUAAACUGAAAAAGGACAAGAAUGUUUUAGAGAAAUAGCCCACUGGCACUGCCGUGGCAUCCACAAUUAACAGAUGUACGUAUCUAUUAUUAUCACCGAAGCACUGAAGAUGUGGUUGUGUUCACGCAUCACUGGCUCGCAUGACAGACAUGCAGUGUCACGUUUUGAGGAGCUGCAAGAAGUUUGGAAGAAAUUUUAAGCGAACAUUCACAUUGUCCUGAUUUCAGAACGUUGGGUCGAAUGUGGGAAAUUCAGUUCAGUUUUGGCUUGGAGAGCUGAGAGAAUUCUGUUAGGAAGUCUGCAUGCUUUUUUCACUGUGCCUAGAAAUCUCUGCUCACAGUUGCAGUAAGACCCAUUUUACUGCAUAGCAGAAAAUGUUUGCUUACAGCCUUUCUUUAUAUGUGCAUGCGUACAUCUCAACUAAAGGACUGCAUGUUGAGAGACUUUUUUGGCAGAAUUCUCUAGUUAGAAGUAGUGGAGCCAUGAAAUUGGAUCCCUGGAUGGGAUUUUGUUUCCAUGGCAACAGCUGGGCACUGCAUGUUGUCAACAGCAAUGUGACUUGGUCUGUCCAAACCAGACCUUUCCAGGCAGGGUUGGAGUGGAAGUUUCACCCCUACAAAAUGCAAUUUGAGGCUGUCACAGACUAAAAAAUGACAUACGUGAAGUUCGGCCAACGAGAAACCAUUUUCCAUAACCAGACCCCAGUCUGUCAAGAGGAAGGUGUAAUUUUUUUACAAAUCGAAAACACGUCUUCGACAAGCCGGUUAGAAGAGAAUUUUGAGAGCUUGUUACAUGUACUAAUGCGCCUGGAAUGUUCGGACAUCAGCAUGCCAUGCUGAGUUUUCAGGACUCUUUGUUCAAAGUUGUGAAUUUGUUGCGCCGUAUUCCACCCAUCCCCGUCAGGGUUACUGGAAAAGUUCCAAAUAAAGGCUGCAUUGAACAUAGUAUUCUCACGUAGCACAAAAUAUGUUAUUCUAUGCAAUUCGUUCACAGUAAUUACUCUGUUAUUUACAAACGUGUACAUACAUUAAACACAUUAACUUUAAGUCAACAACUAUCACUGUGGGAUGUGCAGUACAUGUUCACAGGAAAGAAGUAUUUAAUCCUUAUGGUUCUAGUUUUACGCUCCAGAAGAAACUCUUGAUGUGUGUAAUGAAUGAACUGCUGAUAAGUUGAUUAACCUCCUUCUCGAGUCGGCUCAAAAAACUUUUCCCAGCAAUGCCACAAGCACAAGUUCAAUUUUUAAGAACAACUCUCUGGACUCAGAAUGCCUACCAAGACUGAAUCUGUCAAUCCUGAAGAGGUCCUGUAGUUUCUACGACCAGCACGUCGUAUGAUUUGAUAGCUCUUGCGAGGUCUGAUAAUCCCGUAUUUGGGCAACGAGUCUUUGGUUUAUCCACACUCUAAUGCUAUUAGACCCGUGGUAUUUUGUACAAUUAACUUCAAUACCUGAACCUAAAUACAGUUCUUUUCUUGCAAAACUCAAAAAGGCAAUUUUUAGAGAGUUUUUUGUUUUACCAGUGGCUUGUUAGGAAUUUUGUUUUGUACAAAAGCACUUGUAUGAAGGCAGUUUGGGCUAAGGUUAUGCCAUUCUCAGGUGAGGAAGUUUGCGUAUUUUGAAUUUUAUUUUUUUUUUUUUUAAGGUUUGGGAAAUCUGCCGGCUGUAUCAAUGACAGAAUUGGUAAUGAUUCAGCAACUGUCUAGAGGGAAUGUUUGUGGUAAUUCUGUCUGUUUGUCGUCUGUGUGUGGUCAUGGUGGUGGAGUGAGACUGCCAGAUUUGAAUACCAAUAUCCAACGGUAAUCAUGAUGUACUCUGACUGAAACGAAAAAUGGGCUUAUAUUGGAUUUCCAUUCUAAAACAAAUAUUAACCCUCCUAUGCAAAUAUGCAUUCUUGACACAGUUGUCAUAUCAGUCAAAAUCAGUCAAACUUCCCAUUAUGUGUCUGUGUACCGGGGGAAAUCAAGCGGAAGGAAUAUUGGACUGUUACAGCAGAAGGAGUGUUAAACUAGAAAAGAAAACAAAAAUUGCCACAGAACUGUCUGCUGCAUGGAGCACAUUGUGCCACUUAUAACUGUUGAAAACACACCACAUGCAGGUGGCGAUGCCAUUUUUCAACACUUCUCAAAACUCCUACAACUCUUCCCGAUUAGGAGAUCAGUAACUGAUUAAUUCCGGCGUGAUUUACCCUGCCAACAAAUUCACUAAGACCCGGUGGUGUUGUCCAAUUUCUGUAAACUGUUUCUCUAGAAACAUUCUAACAGGCAGUCAACUUCAAACAGCAUUGCACAGUUCUGUAUGGAGCUUUCCUCGUCAUUUCAUUUGCACAAUUAUAUAUUUGAGUUUUCUUCCUGUAUUGCAAAGUAUGCUUUUUUUGUUAGCAAACUGUCAGAAACGUUUCCACAUUCACAAGGUGGCAUCUUCAGGAUGACACUUACGUCCUGAAAACUGUACGCAGAGUUAAAAGUAAGAGAAACGAGUCUUACACAAGAACUGCUCAACAGUGUGGGCCGACAGAAUGAUUGGAACAGGCUUUCUGUAAUGCUACGUCAUUGCUUAAAUGUUUUUUGAGUUAUGCUGCAGCUGACAUUGGUCACUAAAUUAUUAAUGCUUAAUUCUAAAAAUACAUGAAUGCUUGGAAUUCACUUUAAAUUAAUUAAUUGAUUUGUAAUGGUGUCAUUAAGGGUUAAAGUUAAUGUAAUUGAUUGCAUUUUCCCCCCCUGCAUUUGUGCAUCAGUGUGCUUGGUACUAAACAGUUCAUUGGAUUCAAUUGCUGUGUAUUUGUAAAACCAUUGUCAGGAAAAUUGCAUAUCAUUUUGAGGCUCACAGGAACUUAUAAAGGGCAGUUUAUCCAA